UCUUUUUGAAAAAUAUCUCGGGAUCUUUGCCAUUGCUGCUGAUCUGGAAUGCUGCAGGAGAGAUCGCAGCCAAGCUGAUCCAGAGCAGCGAAAGCGGGGGACGCGCAAAGCCGGAGGGCGAUGAAGCGCCGAAAGCUGGCCGUGGCAGCCGGCUUCUGCCUCUCCUUCUUGCUGGGCACUUUGCUGAACGUCUUGUUCAUCCCGGCCUUUGAUCCGCAGCAGCAGCAGGCAGCAACGGCGGGCGUCACGCACUCGCUGGCGGGCUCGCCUUCGGACGUGCCGGGGGAGGCUGAGCGCAGGAGCGGCAGCCCUCGCUGGGACUUGGCGCAGCAGAUCCGGGAGCGCUACGAGGAGGUGCUGCGGUACCAGCGGCGGCAGCAGCAGCAGCAUCGGGCGGCGGCGGCGGCGGCGGCUCCUGGGGCCAGGCUGCUGAUGAGACCCCUGGAGCGGCGGCUGAUGGAUCUGGCUCCUCGGCGGCUCACCGCGUCCUCCUCUUUCUCGGAGCGGAGGCCGGCCAACCCGAAAGCGCCUCCGGCCGCCCGGAGCACCCCCAGCCCCAGGGAGCCCAGCGUCAAGCUGGAGGUCUCUCUCAGCCCGCGCCGGCUGGGCUGCCGGGACAUCAGCAAUGUGACCGACGUGCAUUACCUGGGCUCCGGCUACACCAAGGCCGUCUACAAAGCCGUGCUGAAUCGGAGCCUGGCGGUGGCUCUCAAGUCCGUCGAUUUCGGCGGCCACGACAUCGACCACUGCGUGAAGCUCUACGGAGCCCUGGAAGACUGCUACCGCCUGGCCUCCUACAAGAUUCUCAAGGAGAUGGUCCUGCUGCAGAGGCUGCGGCACCCCAACAUCCUCCAGCUUUAUGGCUACUGUUACCAGGAUAGCAAUGAUAUCUCAGACACACUGACCACCAUCACAGAACUAGGCUCACCACUGGAGAUGAUACAGCUUUUACAGACUUCCUGGGAGGACAGAUUUCGAAUAUGCUUCAGCUUAGUUCAGCUUCUGCAUUACCUGGCCCACUCACCCCUUGGCUCUGUGACGCUGUUGGAUUUCCGGCCUCGUCAGUUUGUGAUAGUGGAUGGAGAGCUCAAAGUGACAGAUCUGGAUGAUGCCAGCAUUGAUGAGACAUCUUGUACUAGCAACAGAGACUGCUUCAUGGAGUUCCCAGCAAGAAACUUCACUUUGCCUUGCUCUGUUGAAGGGAAAUGUCAGAGCAUGAAUGAGAAGAGGAAUCUGUACAAUGCAUACAGGUUUUUCUUUACAUAUCUUUUGCCACAUAGUGCCCCUGCAUCCCUGAGACCAUUACUGGAUGUAAUAGUCAAUGCCACAGGAGAGCUUCAUUGGGGAAUAGACACAACUGUCACUCACUUAGAAAGAGUUUUGUAUUUAUACAAGAGUGGUCUCUACCUCAAGAAUGUGACGAGGACUCCCAGAUCGGACUAUAGAAGGAUGUCUGAAGCCACUAUUGUCAAUGAGAAUUACAGAUGUUGGCCAUCCUAUCAUCACAAGGGAUGUCUUCUCUCUGUGUUUGAUGUUAAUGAAGCCAUGGAAGUUUGCGAGAGCCAUUCCCAGUGCAAAGCUUUUGUUCUGACCAACCAAACAACAUGGACAGGUCGGCAGCUUGUCUACUUUAAGAUGGGAUCCACAUCCAUUAUGUCUGAUCAUGACAAGACAACAUAUGUGAAAGUGAUGCAUUGAAAGAGAAAGUGGCUGACUUCAAUCCUAUGCAGGUUUACUCAGAAGUAACUCCCAUGAAGUUCAAUCAGCUUCGCUCCCCAGUAUGUGUGUAUAGGAUUAUUGCCUAGUCCAGCUAGUCAAGAAUGAUACCAGUUUGCAUAUAAAUGUAGACUGCAGUUGCAUCCGAGGAAGCUACGGAUGGAGAGGGAAUUGCACUAUCACUCAUUCUCAUCUAUGGGGUGUGAAACCAAACUUUAAAGAAGACACCUAUAUGACCAGGAUGAAUGUGCAAUAGAAUGACAUUUAAAAAAUGUGAUU